CCCCCCUGCCGGCGCCGGGCCGCUCCACUAGCUGGGCGCGCACAGGGCCGGGUGCGGGACCAGGCGGCCCCGGAGCCAGAGUGAAGACCCGACUGCCGCGCCGCAGCCCCGCCGCCCAGGAGCGCCUCGGACCCCGUACGGGGCGCCGGCUCCAUGGCGACCGGGCUCGGGGAGCCCGUCUACGGACUUUCGGAAGACGAGGGAGAGUCCCGUAUUCUCAGAGUAAAAGUUAUUUGUGGAAUUGAUCUCGCCAAAAAGGACAUCUUUGGAGCCAGCGAUCCGUACGUGAAACUGUCAUUGUAUGUAGCCGACGAGAAUAGAGAGCUCGCCCUGGUACAGACCAAAACUAUUAAGAAAACGCUGAACCCAAAAUGGAAUGAAGAGUUUUAUUUCAGAGUAAACCCAUCAAAUCACAGACUCCUCUUUGAAGUAUUUGACGAAAACAGAUUGACACGAGACGACUUCCUGGGCCAGGUGGACGUGCCCCUCAGUCAUCUUCCGACAGAAGACCCAACCAUGGAGCGGCCCUAUACAUUUAAAGACUUUCUCCUCAGACCAAGAAGUCAUAAAUCUCGAGUUAAGGGAUUUUUGCGAUUGAAAAUGGCCUAUAUGCCGAAAAAUGGAGGUCAAGAUGAAGAAAACAGUGAACAGAGGGACGAUAUGGAGCAUGGGUGGGAAGUCGUCGACUCCAACGACUCAGCUUCUCAGCACCAGGAGGAGCUUCCUCCUCCUCCUCUGCCCCCCGGGUGGGAAGAAAAAGUGGACAAUUUAGGCCGUACUUACUACGUCAACCACAACAACCGGACCACUCAGUGGCACCGACCCAGCUUAAUGGACGUGUCCUCUGAGUCAGACAAUAACAUCAGACAGAUCAACCAGGAGGCGGCGCACCGGCGCUUCCGCUCCCGCCGGCACAUCAGCGAGGACCUAGAGCCUGAGUCCUCAGAAGGCGGCGAGGCCCCUGAGCCUUGGGAGACCAUUUCAGAAGAAGUGAAUAUCACUGGAGACUCUCUCAGUCUGGCUCUGCCCCCACCGCCCUCCUCCCCGGUGUCUCGGACCAGCCCUCAGGAGCUGUCAGAGGAGCUGAGCAGAAGGCUUCAGAUCACUCCAGACUCCAAUGGCGAACAGUUCGGUUCUUUGAUCCAGAGAGAGCCCUCCUCAAGGUUGAGGUCAUGCAGCGUCACCGAUGCGGUUGCUGAACAGGCCCACCUACCACCGCCCAGCGCCCCAACUAGGAGAGCGCGUUCAUCAACUGUCACGGGUGGUGAGGAGCCAACGCCAUCAGUGGCCUAUGUACAUACCACGCCGGGCCUACCUUCAGGCUGGGAAGAAAGAAAAGAUGCUAAGGGACGCACUUACUAUGUCAAUCAUAACAAUCGAACCACAACUUGGACUCGACCUAUCAUGCAGCUUGCAGAAGAUGGUGCCUCCGGAUCAGCCACAAACAGUAACAACCAUCUAAUCGAGCCUCAGAUCCGCCGGCCUCGUAGCCUCAGUUCGCCAACAGUAACUUUAUCUGCCCCACUGGAGGGUGCCAAGGAUUCGCCCAUACGCCGGGCUGUGAAAGAUACCCUUUCCAAUCCACAGUCCCCACAGCCAUCACCUUACAACUCCCCCAAACCACAACAUAAAGUCACACAGAGCUUCUUGCCACCUGGCUGGGAAAUGAGGAUAGCUCCAAAUGGCCGGCCCUUCUUCAUUGACCAUAACACAAAGACUACGACCUGGGAAGAUCCACGCCUGAAAUUUCCAGUACAUAUGCGGUCUAAGGCAUCUUUAAACCCCAAUGACCUUGGCCCUCUUCCUCCUGGUUGGGAAGAAAGGAUUCACUUGGAUGGCCGAACGUUUUAUAUUGAUCACAGCAGCCAGGUGUUAUGUGGAGAAAAUGAUACCAGAGACUCAGUGCCCUCGUACGAUAGCAAAAUUACCCAGUGGGAAGACCCAAGACUGCAGAAUCCAGCCAUUACUGGGCCGGCUGUUCCCUACUCCAGAGAAUUUAAGCAGAAAUAUGACUACUUUAGGAAGAAAUUAAAGAAACCUGCUGAUAUUCCAAAUAGGUUUGAAAUGAAACUCCACAGAAAUAACAUAUUCGAAGAAUCCUAUCGGAGAAUCAUGUCUGUGAAGAGACCAGAUGUCCUGAAAGCUAGACUGUGGAUUGAAUUUGAAUCCGAGAAAGGUCUUGACUAUGGGGGUGUGGCCAGAGAAUGGUUCUUCCUCCUGUCCAAAGAGAUGUUCAACCCCUACUACGGUCUCUUUGAGUACUCUGCCACAGACAACUACACCCUUCAGAUCAACCCCAAUUCAGGCCUCUGUAAUGAAGAUCAUCUGUCCUACUUCACUUUUAUUGGGAGAGUUGCUGGUCUGGCAGUAUUUCAUGGGAAACUCUUAGAUGGUUUCUUCAUCAGACCUUUUUACAAGAUGAUGUUGGGAAAACAGAUAACUCUGAAUGACAUGGAAUCUGUGGACAGUGAAUAUUACAACUCUUUGAAAUGGAUCUUAGAAAAUGAUCCUACUGAACUAGACCUCAUGUUCUGUAUAGAUGAAGAAAACUUCGGACAGACGUAUCAAGUGGAUUUGAAGCCCAAUGGGUCAGAAAUAAUGGUGACAAAUGAAAACAAAAGGGAAUAUAUUGACUUAGUCAUCCAGUGGCGGUUCGUGAACAGAGUCCAGAAGCAGAUGAACGCCUUCUUGGAGGGAUUCACAGAACUGCUUCCUAUUGAUUUGAUUAAAAUUUUUGAUGAAAACGAGCUGGAGCUGCUGAUGUGCGGCCUCGGUGACGUGGACGUGAACGACUGGCGGCAGCACUCUAUUUACAAGAACGGCUACUGUCCAAAUCACCCUGUCAUCCAGUGGUUCUGGAAGGCUGUGCUGUUGAUGGACGCCGAGAAGCGCAUCCGGUUACUGCAGUUUGUCACAGGGACGUCGCGAGUUCCUAUGAACGGAUUUGCUGAGCUAUAUGGUUCCAAUGGUCCUCAGCUGUUUACAAUAGAGCAGUGGGGCAGUCCUGAAAAACUGCCCAGAGCUCACACAUGCUUUAACCGCCUUGACUUACCUCCGUAUGAAACCUUUGAGGAUUUACGAGAGAAACUUCUCAUGGCAGUGGAAAAUGCUCAAGGAUUUGAAGGAGUGGAUUAAGCACCCCCUGCCUCAGGGGUGGUUGUUCGUCCAGCAAGUUCUGCUUGCACUUUUGCAUUUGCCUAACAGACCUUUGCAGAGACCUGGCAGCAGAGCAGCGCAUGGCGUGGCUCCCAGGGUGGGCGCCCUCGUCCUUGCACUUGCCCGAGUUCAGACGUGGGAACCGGUCCCCGCUCCAGUUCCUGCAUUUCCACCACAAAUUACCAACUGGUUGACGUGUACACUAAUUACAUUUCAGGAGGACUUGUUCUAUUUAUGUUGUGCCUCUGCAGGCAAAGCCCUUAAUAAAUAUUUUACAUACUUUCUAAUGACAAUGAAUGGAAUUAAUCACUCUACAGGUAUAGUAUUACAACUCAUGUUUACUUUUUAAACUGAUUUAGACCGAUUUUCAGAUUUUAUUUCAGUACAAUUAAAGAUGUCU